UUCGUCUUCUUUUUCUUGUCAGCUAGUUACGUCAUAGCUACGCAACCAAUAUGGCGACACAGUAACCCGAACGAGAUGAUUUCAACGCAAACAAAAUGAGGCUUCAGCUUUGCUGCUUUGGAAUUCGGCGAAAGUGUAUCAUUUUUCCACUCCUGCUGAUCCUCUUGAUCGGAGCAGCCUUGACAGCUCUGUUGCCCCCUGCCGAGGAGCAUGGAGGUGUUGCCGGGGUCCUGGGGGUACUGCGCAGAGCAGCCCCGCCAAAGGGAAACCCUGCUCUGGGUGAACCUGCAGAUGCCCCAGAAGAGAAGUUUACCAUCAUCAUCCAAACCUACAACCGCACAGACAUUUUACUUAAACUCCUGAACCAUUACCAGGCAGUGCCUCAUCUUCAGAUGAUCAUCGUAGUUUGGAACAACAUCAGGGAGCAGACUCCGGCAAAGCUGUGGGAAUCCCUGGGUCCUCAUCCAGUCCGGGUGGUCUUUAAAGAACAGGCGAGCAACCAAAUGCGCAACAGGCUACAACCGUUCUCUGAGAUUGCCACCAAUGUUGUGUUAAUGCUGGAUGAUGACACCCUGGUCAGUGUUCCUGACAUCACUUUUGCUUUUUCUGUGUGGAAGCAAUUUCCAGACCAAAUAGUUGGAUUUGUCCCUCGGAAACACGUCUCAACAGCUGGAGGAGUUUACAGUUAUGGCAGCUUCGAGCUGCAGAAUCCAGAAGCGGCUGGAGGAGACAUGUAUUCCAUGGUUCUGAUCGGUGCUGCCUUCUUCCAUCAGCGCUACCUACAACUGUUCCAGGAUCAGCCUACAGAAGUACACGCCCUAGUUGACAAAACCCAAAACUGUGACGAUAUAGCUGUGAACUUUGCUGUUGCUCUGUAUUUAAUAAAACACUCAAAUUCAGGCACAGUCCGCAGACCUUCAGGGAUCUUUGUCAAGCCUGUGGACCUGCGCAACCUUGAGAAAGAUGCCAGCAGUGGAUAUCAGGGAAUGUGGCAUCGUCCUGAGCACCUUCUCCAGAGAUCGUACUGUUUGAACCGGCUGGCGCAGAUCUACGGGUUCAUGCCGCUUUGCUACUCCAACCUCAUGGUUUCCCAGUUUGGUUUCCCAAGCUAUGCCAAUCACAAGAGUAGGGGAUGAAGAAGUUACAAAUGGAUGAUUUGGGCUGAAGUAAGAGAUGAGACUGUUGAGGAGUUUGGUAGACUUGUUUGAUUGCUUAACGCUCCUCAUGCUAAUCAGCUGAUGCUUUUUGUCUCGUGUGAUCCGAAGGUAGUUCUCAUCGCAGGAUAGUGAUGACAACACAGACUAGUCGGAUGUAAAAAUUUAUUCUUGAUAGAAUCACUUGCUAAACUGCAAUUAUUCAAAGGGAAUAGUAGGUUUAAAAACCUGAGUUAUUCAUAUACAGGUAUUUAGUUAUUUCUUUAAAAAAAUGAAAUUUAAUACAGGUCCAGAAAAUUAAAGGACUCUGUCCUAUUUGUGAAACAGUUAAAAAUAAAGGAAUACUUUAUUCACUCUUAAUGAGUUAGCGCCACAGAUUUAUUCCCCAUCUCAAUAAUCAAUGGACAAAUCUUGAUUGGUGUUACAGCAAUCAGGAACUCCUUAUAAUUACUGAACAACUUUUUUAAAGUUUCCAUUGCUAUUUUCAUGAUUUACCUUUGGUGAUGAGCUCCAAGUCUGAAGUUGGUGGGCCUCCUUUCAAUUAUCCUAAUCAUUCUACUUGCAAACACUAUAUCCAGGGAAGAAAAACAAUUACCAAAAGUAUGAAGAAUUUUAGGCUGUAGCCAUUUGCUAUAUCUGUAUAUAGCAAAUGGCAGUGUUCCAUUAAAAAAUCUUAAAGUCAUGUUAAUUACUCCAAAGGUGUAAAGUUUCUGCUCAUCCUUAGUUGGGAGCAAGUCACACAGAACAUUAGGAAUAUAUUGUGUUGUAGCAAUAGAGAUAGCAGAAUGUAAAAAUAAAUAAAAUCAGCUUUACAAAAGAGGAGAAUUUGAUUGGUUGUUUUAACUUAGAUGUCAUUUUAUGUCAAAGAAAAUGUAUGUAUUCAGUGAUAAUAAAAAGAAAGUCCAUCCUUUUCAGAUUCUAAGAUUUCACUUGUCAAAACAUUGCAACAUAUGUUGUUGUGACUUAGUCUUAAAACUGGGCAAAUACCACUUCUGACAAAUGACACUAAGACAGUAUACACAAUGUAGCAAAACGUCAAGUUAAAUCUUGCAGUACAACAACAGUUACCCAAAAUCAAAUGUUAUUUUUGUUCUCUGUCCACAAGAUGGCUGUUGGCAGCAUAAUUAGAACAACACAGAACAAAUUUGGCCUCUAAUAAUAAAGAUGGCAGAACCAAUCCAAAACAUUCAUCUGUGCAAACAAAUAUAAAUCACGUUUGUUUCAUGUGACUGGACAGAACUAUGGUUGGUAGUUCAUUAACAAAUCCAAACAAGAAAAAAAGUUCUGUGCAUCAGAGAUUAUACUUUUCUAUGUUUUUAUUUUUUAAACCCAGCAAUGACGUUUCUAAAACUUAUAUCAAAGCUUUAGAAUGAAACAAACUGCGGUACCACGCUUUAGGAAGGAAGCACCUAAAAUGCCAAUAUGGCCCCAUUAAAACAAACCUUUAACUCGCUGUUGAAACUGAACAGAUUAGAUGUUUGCAUAUUUUAAUAUUUAUUCAUGAAAAAUAACAACCCACUUCAGCAAAUGGAAAACAUCCAGAUCUUUUCCAUGACCAGAGAAUUCCUGUUGGUAAAG